AUGACGAAGCCGAUGCUCCUCCCCACCGCCGUCGCCGCCGCCUCCUCCUCCUCGCGCCGCCACCCUCCUCCUCCUCCUCCUCCUCCUCCUCUCCUCUCUUCCCACGCCCGAUGGCCUCGCUUCGUCUCCCUCGACCCUUCCCCUCCCCUCCACCACCACCUACUCCUCUCCUCUCCCCCACCCCCGGCGCCUCCUCCCUCCUCCGCCGCCGCCGCCGCCGCAGACGACGACGACGACCGGUCCUCCUCCUCCUCCUCCUCCCCCCUCUCCCUCCGCCACAUCGUCUUCGGCAUCGCCGGCUCCGCCCAGCUCUGGCCCCGCCGCCGCGAGUUCCUCCGGCUCUGGUGGCGCCCCGGCGCCAUGCGCGGCCACGUGUGGCUCGACGACCGCGUCCCCCGCAACGAAUCCCCCUCCGAUGCUGCCGCCUCCGCCUUACCCCCCGUCCGCGUCUCCGAGGACAUCUCCCGCUUCCGCUACACCAACCCCACCGGCCACCCCUCGGGCCUCCGCAUCGCCCGCAUCGCCGCCGAGACCCUCCGCCUCGGCCACCGCGGCGCGCGGUGGCUCGUCCUCGUCGACGACGACACCGUCGUCUGCGCCGACAACCUCGUCGCCGUGCUCUCCAAGUACGACUGGAGGGAGAUGGUCUACCUCGGCGGCCCCUCCGAGAGCCACUCGGCUAACACCUACUUCAGCCACUCCAUGGCGUUCGGCGGCGGCGGCAUCGCCCUCAGCUACCCCCUCGCCGAAACCCUAGCGCAAAUGCAGGACGAGUGCCUCGAGAGGUACCCGCGGUUGUACGGGAGCGACGAUCGUCUCCACGCCUGCAUCUCCGAGCUCGGCGUCCCCCUCACACGCGAAUUCGGCUUCCAUCAGUGGGAUAUUAGGGGGAAUGCGCAUGGGCUAUUGGCUGCUCACCCGAUUGCUCCUUUUAUCUCGAUCCAUCAUGUGGAGGCUGUCGACCCCUUUUACCCUGGAUUAAGCUCUCUGGAAAGCUUAAAGCUUUUUGCAAAGGCGAUGAACGCCGACCCGAUGGGCUUUUUGCAGCGUGCUAUUUGUUACAACAGAGACGAGAAGCUCACAUUUGCCGUAUCGCUGGGAUAUGUUGUCCAAGUAUUCCCCAACAUUGUUCUUCCACGAGAGGUGGAACGCUCUGAGCUGACUUACACUGCGUGGAAUAGAGUUGGGCAUAGAAACGAGUUUGACUUUGAUACAAGGGAUGCUUAUCGGUCUGUGUGCAAAAAGCCGAUCCUCUUUUUCUUGAAAGAUGUUUGGAAGGACGGGAACAUAACGAAGGGUUCUUAUGUUCGAGUGAGGGGCAGAGACGACCUCAAAAGAAAGGUCUUUUGCUUUCCUCGAUCACCUCCGAUGCCUGAUGUUGAUGAGAUUCGCGUGUUUGGCGCUCCAUUAAGCAAAAACUGGCAUUUGGUGCCGAGGCGACUUUGUAGUGAAGUAAAUCAAACGAGUAAUGGGACUUUGGUGAUGUUUGUUGGGCAAUGUCAACGAGGAACUUUCGGCUGCAGCGAAGUUGUUUACAGUUACUGUUUUCUCCUAUGCAGUCUAGUUUUCACAAAAACCAUAGAUUUUUCAAACCUAAACCAACUUGAAUUUGGACCGUUUCGGAAGAAUGGGCUUAGAACACUUAUUAACUUGCCUACCUGUAGCUGUUGCUUAUGAGCUUAAAAUUGCAGUGGGUUUGCAUUAAUGCGCCUUGCCGUUCACGUUGUGAUCGCGAUUGGUGUGGUUGUUUUGAUACACUAUGAGAUUAAUUAGAUGUUUGUUCCCAACCAAAUAUUGGAGCCUAGAGGUAAUGCAUGUGUGGACCACUGCACUGCAAGAGUUGUAAAUCUAGUUGGCGUGAGUUACUUCUCUUUGUCGUUUGGUAUCUUUUAGCUUUCUCAUGUUCUAUUCCUUACCCAACCAUCCU